AUUCCUCGGCGAGAUCCAAUCCAAUUUGAAAUUUCCUUUUUUUUCGAUCAAUCCUGCUGAUUAAAGCAAUGUAGAUCCUUAUCAUCGUAUGAAUUUAUUUGAAGUGGGUAUGGAGUUUUCGGAUUCAUAAUCUAUUGCCUCUUUGGUGACGAUUUCGUCUUAAGAUUAAAGUUGGUGAUCGGUCAGAUGAAAUUCAGUUCCUCAUGGUUGAUAGUGUUGUCAAGAAAGUUGCCCCUCUUGCAUGUACUAGGUUAGAAUCCCAGAAGGGAUGCUCAGAUGUUUUUCCUGAUGAAUUGGAAAAGCAUUUUGGUGAUCCAAUAUUAUUUAAAGUUAGAAAGCAUUAUGAUUGUCACUCUUGUGGAGCUAUUUCUGUUGAAGUUUUGGAUAUUCACUUUGAUUCUGAUCUUUUGGAUAUCUACUUUAAUCCAAAUCACCAUGCCUAUUUCAAAAAAGAAGUGUUGGUGAACAAUGUUGAGUCAAGUAGUUUUUUCAAUCCAAAGUUAAAUUUUGUUGACACUAAAGCUGAGUUUUCCAAGUCUAUUGAAUCAGUUGAUCAGAUUGUUCCUUCUAUUGAAUCCAAUUUCUCUAUACUUGAUUCUUACAUUGGAAAUCGCUCUGUUAAGAGGCUAAAGGACUUCUUUGUUUCCAAGGAUGAUGGAGUUUGUGUUGUUUUUGGUUGGUAUGAUUCUGUUCUCGAAGGGGUUGAUAUGUGGUAUCCAGAUGAUCAAUCUUCUAUUCAACCAAGAUUCCGUUUGAAGUUAAAGAUUCAUGAUGAAUCCAAUGAAGCUAUUUUUAUACUUUUGGAUGAUCAAGUAAAAAAGUUGGCUUUGGAGACAUGUAGCCUAUUAGUUUCCAUUGGAGAAAGUUGUUCAAUGUAUCCCAAUGACUUAGACCUUAUAUGUGGUGAUGCUGUUCUCAUCAAGGUUGUUAAAAAAGUUUCAGUUGAUUCUAAGGAGACUGCUUCAUUUUAAAUAGUUGAUAUGCUAAGAGAUCCUUUCAUAUUGGAUGACUUCUUUCAGAAAUAUAUCGCUUCCUAUGAUGCUGCUGUUCCUAAUCUUUCGGGGUUGCCAUCUGAAAAAGUUUCGGAUGCUUCGUCCUCUAAUGGACUUAAAAUUUUAGAUGACGAAGCAUGUAUUGUGAAACCUACAAGAAAGCGACUUAUCAGUUAUAUAGCAACUCUUGGUGGGACAAUUGAUUAUGCUUCGAAGCAUUCAAGGAUCAAUUAGUUUAACUACUUAUGCUUAUUAGUCAAGUUAUCCAGUUAUAUCUAUUUAUGAUUUAUAUUUCAAGUUGUAUUUGUUUCGCCUUGCAAAAGAAAAAAGUUGUAUUUGUUUCAGUUUCGUCGAUUUAUUUAUUUUUUAUCGGUUAUUCAUGUAAUGUUGGAUUUCAUCUAUUAAUAUAAUUAUGUCAUUCGAAUUGCUGGAAUGUAUUGGUCUUUUUACAGUUGUUCUAUUGGUGUGGGUUCUUUAAACCCAAUUGUUUAUUUGUCAA